AAGGCGUAAGACCCACGUGCAAAAAAUUCUUUUGACAUUCCUUUUCCCGUUUCCCACCUCCCACCACCGCCCUUUCCCCACUGACGCCCACGACCAGAUCGAGCACCAGCUGCCUCGCGCGUCCUACGCCUGCGCAGGUGAGGCCGGCCGGCCGACAAUCUCGCCGCCGGUCCCGUCCUCGUCCUCCUCCCUUUUCUCUCUCCGUGCGCCACCACCGAGAUUAGGCGCCGCCGCCGCCGCCGGAGGGGGUGUAGCAAUAGUCCAUCCAUGGGGGCGUCGUCCUCGAACCACGCCGAGGCGGCGGGAGGCUCGCAGUCCUUGCCCCAUGACCUUGGUGAGCUCUUGCACAAGGGGACGGGAUCGGACGUCACGCUUGUUGUGUCCGGCGAGUCCUUCGCAGCGCACAAGGCCAUACUUGCGUCGAGGUCCCCGGUUUUCAUGGCCGAGUUCUUUGGCCACAUGAAGGAGAAGGGCUUGCAGCGUGUGGAGAUCAAGGACAUGGAGGCAGCGGUAUUCAGAGCUAUGCUUCGUUUCAUCUACACCGACUCGGUGCCCGAACCUGGCCGGCAGGAGGACGGCAUCAUCAUCGCGCAGCACCUGCUUGUGGCUGCAGACAGGUAUGGACUUGACAGGCUCAAAUUGAUGUGCGAAGGCAAGCUCUGCAAUGGCCUCAGCGUGGAGACAGCAGCGACAACUCUGGCGCUGGCAGAGCAGCACGGUUGCCCGCGGCUCAAGGCUGGGUGUGUCGAGCACAUCGCUGCAAACCUUGAUGCCGUCAUGGCGACCGAGGGUUACAAGCAUCUCAUGGCAAACUUCCCAUCGGUUAUGAAUGACCUCCUCAGGGCUGUGCGUGCAAGAAAGAACUGAAGCACCUAGGCGAUCAAUAGUCCCAAUAUUUGGUACUACUACAUAUUCAGUUGUACCCCCUCUUCGUCAAUAUCUGAGGCAGCUACUGGUCAGCUUGAAUUAUCGCAUUAAUAAUUUGAAAUUCUCCUCUU